AUGUACUAUCUUCUUCUUACACGUUUUUCCCACUCUUUUAUAUUUCCCGUACUUGUUUUUCGUCCUCUAUUACCUUACUCGUUUGUCCACAUGAAUUACCUUUCUCUUACUCGUUUUUUUUUCUCCUCUCUUACUUUUCUCUCACUUGUUUUUCCUUCUUUAUUACCUUUCGCUCACACUUUUCUCCAGCUCUGUUACCUUUCUCUUCCUCUAUUCUUUUUCUCUUGCUCGCUUUCCCACAUGUAUUGCCUUUCUAUUACUCGUUUUCAUUGUCUGGUACCUUUCUCUUACUCAUUUUUCAUCUAUUAUCUUUCUCUCACACUUGUGUCCACAUCUAUUAUCUUUCUCUCACUCGUUUGUCCACAUUUAUUAUUAUUCUCUCACUCAUUUGUCUACAUCUAUUAUUUUUCUCUCACUCGUUUGUCCACAUCUGUUAUUAUUCUCUCACACUUGUGUCCACAUCUAUUAUCUUUCUCCCACUCAUUUGUCCACAUCUGUUAUUAUUCUCUCACACUUGUGUCCACAUCUAUUAUCUUUCUCUCACUUGUUUGUCCACAUCUAUUAUUAUUCUCUCACUCGUUUGUCCACAUCUAUUAUUAUUCUCUCACUCGUUUGUCCACAUCUGUUAUUAUUCUCUCACUCGUUUGUCCACAUCUAUUAUCUUUCUCUCACUCGUUUGUCCACAUCUGUUAUUAUUCUCUCACACUUGUGUCCACAUCUAUUAUCUUUCUCUCACUCAUUUGUCCACAUCUGUUAUUAUUCUCUCACACUUGUGUCCACAUCUAUUAUCUUUCUCUCACUCAUUUGUCCACAUCUGUUAUUAUUCUCUCACACUUGUGUCCACAUCUAUUAUCUUUCUCUCACUCCUAUUUUGUCCACAUCUGUUAUUAUUCUCUCACACUUGUGUCCACAUCUAUUAUCUUUCUCUCACUCAUUUGUCCACAUCUGUUAUUAUUCUCUCACACUUGUGUCCACAUCUAUUAUCUUUCUCUCACUCAUUUGUCCACAUCUGUUAUUAUUCUCUCACACUUGUGUCCACAUCUAUUAUUAUUCUCUCACUCAUUUGUCCACAUCUGUUAUUAUUCUCUCACACUUGUGUCCACAUCUAUUAUUAUUCUCUCACUCGUUUGUCCACCUAUAAAUCACAGCUUUACCUUCUAUAACCUUUCCCUAACUCGUUUGUCUACAUGA